AUGGUUGUGGAUACUGGGGCUGUAGUUACAGUUAUGCCUCAUAAUAUUUAUUUUGAAAAUUUUUAUAAAAAGGAAACCAAACUGGAAGAGUGUCAUAUAAAGUUGAAAACCUACACUGGAGAGGAUAUAAAUGUUCUUGGAAAGUUUCAGGCUAAUAUUAGCACCAACACAGGAGACAGCCAGCAUCUGCCGAUUGUCGUCAUCGAGAGCGCCGGAGCGCGCCAGCCAUCGCUACUGGGACAAUCGCAGAGACUACAUCUCGACUUUGCCUCAUUUGAAGGAAAGGAGUUCCUAAUCUUGGUUGAUGGUCACUCCAAAUGGAUUGAAGUCUUUUACAUGCCAACUACAACAGCUAGGCAAACCAUAGAAAAACUGAGGCAUUGUUUUGCAACGUUUGGCUUACCAACUACUAUUGUAACUGAUGGUGGUCCCCAAUUUACAUCCCAAGAAUUUAAUGAAUUUUUAAGUUAUAAUGGAAUCCAUCAUGUCUUGUCUCCGCCUUAUCACCCAGCCUCAAAUGGACUCGCCGAGAGAGCAGUCCAGACAGUGAAACAUGCUCUUCACAGGCAAUUGCUGCAUGAUGCGGAAUACAACCAAUCCCGGUCGCUUCAGCAUCGAAUAGACUCAUUUUUGUUCUCAUACAGGAAUACCCCACACACCAUAACCAAUGUGACCCCUUCAGAGGCUGUGUUUAAAUUCAAGCCUAGAACUCAACUUAGCUUGCUGAAACCUCAUUUAGCAGACCAAAUGCUUAACAAGCAAGAAAGUAUUGUCAAGAGUGCCAAUGCUCAUCGUGGAAAGCAACGAACAUUCACACUUCAAGACAAGGUUUAUGUAAAAACAGUACGUAACGAGAAGAUCAAUUGGCAGCCUGGCGUUAUCACCAAAGUAAUAAGUCCAGUAACAUAUUUGGUCAAAGUCGACAACCGAAGUAGAUUUGUUCAUGCAGACCACCUGAGGGUAAAUCUUUCGGAGGGGGAAGAUGGUGACAGUGAUAGUGAUAUCUUGGUACAAUCUCCGAGAGAACUUUACCAGAGCCCGGCGGAACAUCGAAUAUCGCCAGCCAAACAGCAAGGGUCACCAGCGAAACCAAAAUCACCAAAUCAAGGAACCCGCACAUCACCUAUGGCAAAACCAAUAGUAUCACCCAACGGCACAAAUCAAGGAAGCCCAGCCACACUCCGUCGCUCUAACAGGACCAUUAGAGCGCCUCGGAGAUUGGAGAUGUAA